AUGAACGCCUUUUGCGGGACACUGCGCUUACAAUUUCAUAGUUGCGCAAGGCUUUUGAGAUCCUGUCGAGUCCACUCGAGCGGUCGCGCUACGACGCCGCCGUGCUUCGUCACCAAGGCGUUCGUGGCGACCAUUGGACUCCUUCGAAGGAGAACAAUGAGGGAGAACAGCGGGUUCGCCAACCUGCCCACGGCGACUUUUGGACUCCUUCGAAGGAUAGCAGGGAAGGAGGACAGCAGGCUCCCCAACCUGCCCGCGGCGACUCUUGGGCGCCCUCAAAGGAUAGCAGGGAAGGGGAACAGCAGAUUCGCCCACCUACCCGCGGCAACUUUUGGGCGCCCUCGAGAGACAACAGGCAAGGGGACAGCUGGGUCCCAGCUCGAGAUGGAAGAGACUGGCCGACUCCGCCGAAACGUACUGAGGAUGGCAUGGAAAAUCGUUGAAUCGCAGAAUCGCAGAAUCGCACACAAGACUUACGCCACCACGCCGCUGAGGUGA